AUGCCUGCGCCGACCAUUCCGGCCGGCAAGGUCCAAGGUGAGGAGCCGGAUCAUGAGGAUGUCAGAAGCAUCGAGGUUGAAAUGCCCACCUCGGGAGUUGCUAUUGAGAGGCAGCUGGAGACGAUGCGCAGACAGUUCGAAUCGGAUCUUGUGCAAGUGCUGGAGCGAGUGCAGGCCUUGGAAGGACGGCUUGGCAUGGAGCAUUCGCCUCUGGCGGGCAAGAACCCUGCUGACAGCAUUGAUGUCGAGCCGACGAAGGAGCCCGUGCUUGACUCUCAAUUGCGAGUCGCGGAGCCGGCAGGCGAGGAGGAACAGGAACAGUCGACAGAGGUAUGCUUCGAGGAAAGUGUCUGGAGUAUCCCUGCCUUGGCUGGCAUAGCUGGUGUCGACGUCGGUUUCUUCGACCGAUGGUUCGGUGCAGUCUUGCUUUUGCUCAACUUCGGCAUGCAAGCUGCCUUUUCUUGGGUCCUUUUGACUGAUGCUUUCAUUGGUGAGCCGUUUGAAACACGCGUCGAGAGCGCGAAGAUCUGGAGGACGAGCGUUGCCCACGAUUACAAGUACUUGGACUUGGCAGACACCAGUUUGGUAUCCCGAGUUUGCACAGGCGAUGGUGCUUUGAUCCUGUCCACUACGCAGGCAACAUUGAUACAUCAGAUAAAUAGCUUCCUCGGCCUCCAAAAGGGACAGUUUGAGCACUCCGUCUUUCAGCCAGGCAUACUACUAAGCAUGAUUUGUAUUAUCCUAUGGACGCUCUGCGUGUACAAGGAGUUCCGACGGAUCUGGUUGCAGUUAGAGGCCGCCUGGGUGAUUCCGAAGCAGCGCAGAACCGUUUACCGAGACAAUGCCUUCGUCUACAUGUCCUGGGGACGAUUCUGUGCUCUCCUGGCUACGUAUAUUGCGCGGACGGUCAUCGCUACUGUUUUGCUGGCAGCUGGAAUACUGUGGCUGGCCCGGACCACAUCAAUUGAAGAGCUGAUGUUGAAUGCCGUGGCUUUGAAUGCCAUCCUGGACGUAGAUGAGUUUUUGUUUGCAGGCAUGACACCCAUCAAUAUCCAACAUUCUAUUCAGAGCUUGAAACCCAUAAAGGUAAAGUACAGCCGCCUGCGCAGUGAGUGUGAAUCUCUGGUGCACUUCGUGACUUUGGUGGUUCUCGUGGUCUGUUCUUACUAUCUCCUACUGGGGCCACUGGGCGACACCAUGCUCGCAGUCAAGAACGAGCUUUGCGGAGGAGAUCAGACCUUUGUCGUUUCCUAUAACACCGAUACACAGCAAACCUUUGGGCUGAGAACAGCAGAAACACGUGACUAUCAAAACCUUUCGGCGAGUGAGAUCGCAGUGCAGAGCCACAAGGCCACGUCGCGUGGGUUGGCCACACCGAGUUUAGAGACGCAAUAUCUUACAUUUUCUGCCAACAAGGACUUGUUUCAGGCGGACAGAACAAGGACCAUCGCUGAGGAGGCAGCUCUCACGCCCUUCUGUAUAGAGAGCCUCCAAGAUCCGACGAAUCCGCGCUACAACGAUCCCUCCAUGCAAGCCAUGUCCAUCAACCGUAUCGCGAUUGCUGCACUCAGUGCCGGAAGGCAAGGUGUCAUCCGCUGUGAGGAUCUCGGUGACCUGUGUGACACUUUUGAUGCACGCCUUGUGAGACUGACCUGCGGCGACACCUGUGGAUGUUUAAACCCGUAUAGUUCCGCUUGGUUCAAGGUGGAAGAACAAGGCUGUGCCACCGCCUGUCUCAGAGUUGCAGAUAUGAGGAUGCAGAACUCUACCUGCCAGGACAUGCCUCCAGACGACAACUGGAGAAAGUUUUGGACGCUUUACCCUGGCAUUCUUUCGUCGUUCUAUGGUCGUGACAUCACGGGAACGACUUUUUACUCGGAAAUCACUCAGACGAUGCAAGCGAUGAUUUCUGGUGGUUGCCCGGUUCUUGCUCAGUCACCAUUCGAGUUGCUCACACAAGCAAAUUGGUGCCAGGGCAUGCCAUCUUUAUUCCGUCCACUGGCGAUCGUGUGCCCACAAACUUGUGGCUGCAGUCUUCCCUCCGGAGACGAAGGGAUCCCGAGCUAUUGUCCCCCCAGCUGUGCAAGCGCUGGCAACAGCUCGUUUUCAUAA